AACUGCAUAGACAGGCCAGCACAGCCAGCCUUGCAGCCUGAGAUAAGGCCUUUGGCGGGUGUCUCCCCUAUCGCUCCCUCAAGCCCUCAAGUAGGUGUUGGAGAGAGGGGUGAUGCCUGGUUCUGGUGGAACCCCUGCAGAGAGACGGACACAGGAUGAGUUCUAAGUACCCGCGGUCUGUCCGGGGCUGCCUGCCCCUCUGGGCCCUAACACUGGAAGCAGCUCUCAUUCUCCUCUUCUUUUUUUUUACCCACUACGACACUUCCUUAGAAGAUCAAAAGGGGCUCGUGGCAACCUAUCAAGUCGGCCAAGAUCUGACCGUGAUGGCGGCCCUUGGCUUGGGCUUCCUCACCUCGAACUUGCGGAGACACAGCUGGAGCAGUGUGGCCUUCAACCUCUUCAUGCUGGCGCUUGGUGUGCAGUGGGCAAUCCUGCUGGACGGCUUCCUGAGCCAGUUCCCUCCCGGGAAGGUGGUCAUCAGACUGCUCAGUAUUCGGCUGGCCACCAUGAGUGCUAUGUCGUCGCUGAUCUCAGUGGGUGCUGUCCUGGGGAAGGUCAACUUGGUGCAGUUGGUGGUGAUGGUGCUGGUGGAGCUGACAGCUUUUGGCACCAUGAGGAUGGUCAUCAAUAAUAUCUUCAAAACAGACUACCACGUGAACAUAAUGCACAUCCACGUGUUCGCAGCCUAUUUUGGGCUGACUGUGGCCUGGUGCCUGCCAAAGCCUCCACCCAAGGGAACGGAGGAUAAAGAACAGAUACGAAACAGCCCCAGUUUGUCUGCCAUGCUGGGCACCCUCCUCUUGUGGAUAUUCUGGCCAAGGUUCAACUCUGCUCUGCUGACAAAUCCAAUCGAAAGGAAGAAUGCCGUGUUCAACACCUACUAUGCUCUAGCAGUCAGCACAGUGACAGCCAUCUCAGUGUCAUCCUUGGCUCACCCUCAAGGGAAGAUCAACAUGACUUAUAUGCACAAUGCGGUGUUGGCAGGAGGCGUGGCUGUGGGUACCUCGUGUCACCUGAUCUCUUCUCCAUGGCUUGCCAUGGUGCUGGGUCUUGUGGCUGGGCUGAUCUCCAUCGGGGGAGCCAAGUGCCUGCCGGUGUGUUUUAACAGAGUGCUGGGGAUUCACGACAGCCACGGCGUGCACUACACCUUCGGCUUGCCGGCUCUGCUUGGAGAGAUCACCUGCAUUGUGCUGGUGGUGCUUCGUACCGUCUGGGCCGGCAAUUACAUGAUUGGCUUCCAGAUCCUCUUCAGCACUGGGGAACUCAGCUUGGCCAUAGCGAUAGCUCUCACGUCUGGUCUCCUGACAGUUUCCUCAUUUGGCUGUUGGAUUUUAAGCAAAAGCAUCCAAGAAAAACAAGGCCUGUUCAAAAACAAGACAACUUCCUUUCACUGUUGCCUGCAUUUGUACGUGAGAAACGCUCAUGACAGCAAAGUCUCCUUAUAUACAAUGAAACAAGGUCAGAGACAGAUUUGAUAUUAAAAAAUAAAAGACUAAAAACUUAGUUUGAGUCAAUUUAAUAAGUUUAAAAUAAAUGUUUAGUUUCAUUAGGAUGAUGCUAUCAAUAUUUUCUUGGUUACAGACACAUUAUUAAAAUUUUGGGUUAAUUUUAUUGACAAUUCUUAAGAUUCUUUCUCAUGCUUAAUAAAGCAUGCUACCCAGUUAACUCUUAUCUACAUCAGCAAAGCAGAUAAUACAAAACAGGAAAAUUACGAAUCACUGACACUGAGUCCUUGUGGGAAUCAUGCUUUUAUCCCAGCAGUUUCACAAGGUGGCUGGCAUUCCCUGAGCAUAUUAUGAAUUGCACUGUAAGAGGUUGUGCUCAGUUGUAGGGUGGGGGGAUGCACUGCCUGAGGAUUAAAAAACUAGUUCUGUGACCGUGAGGAAGUCAUUUAAAUUUCCAUGGUCUGUUCCCUCCUAUGUGAAAAGAGAAGGUGGACUUCAACCUCUAAGAUCUUCUCCAGUUUUCACAUUUUAUGGACCUUUGUAGAAAAAACAUCAGGAGUUCAUGUGGGAUGACAGCAAGUCAUUUCUUUGAGAAGAGUCUUGAUCACCAGGCAAUAUUCACAGCAUAGAGACUGUCAGAUGACGAUGGCUAGCAUGGAAAUGAGACCCACAUAUUUAAAUCACCCAGCAAAUAUUCCGAAGGCUAACUGUAGCACAUUUUAUGAAAGACAUUUCAAACUGUGGUCCUGAAGAGUGUAUCCCAUCUUGCAGAGGUGGGGAGCCUGCGGGGACAAGAGUUCUGAAGAGGAAGAGACAACGAGAGUUCCCAGUAGCUAAUGUCUGUCAUUCUAGUUGACCGUGCUGGUCUAUUAGGCUAGUGGUUCAGUACACAGAUGAAAUGAAACAUGGAACCCAGUUUACUAUCAGAACAACUACAAGGAAAUUGUCCCCUGUGUAAGACUGGAGUGUCAAGUCUCUGCACCCUUUUUUCCUCUUUCCUUCAAUGGUGGGUGUGGAGUGACUGUGCGUCCCACCAGAACCACGUGUCAUGGCUGAGUCACAUCCUCCUGCCCUUGGAAUGAGAGGCACAGCGGAAGAGCUUCACACGGAAGGGACACAGGGAGACUGGUGCCUGGACCAUGGUGCUUCUCUCUUCCAACACGUCCACUCACCCCUUGGGAGACCCUCAAAAGCCAGUUACAUUACAUGUUCACAGAAUUUUUGGUAAAAGUAAAUACCAAUUAUAGUGAGGAAGAACUUUGACCAUGAAAUAUUUUAAAAACUAAAAAAUGUUUAUAUUUCAUUUAACAUUUGACACAGAAGAGACCACAUUUGAAUAAACACAUUCAAUCUUGAGAGCACUUUCAUUGUGGUUUUGGACCUCAGAUAUGACAAAUACUUAUAUUGACAAAUCCAUAAUUUCUUUUGUAAUUUCUUUUUAUUUUUACAAAUUAUACCAUGAUAAAAUUUGACAAAAAUUAUUCAUGUGAAAGUUUCCUUUAACAUUUUAUAAGUUAAUCAAGUGCAUACCACAAUAGAUUUUUGGUUGUUGUUUAAAUAGGGUGUUCUCGUGAUUUUAGUAUUACACAACUUUAAGCUGAGACUACACUCAGAAAUAAGUUUAGAAAACGGCAUUACAAAAGGUUGGGAGUGAGCAGUAAAAAAAACAAACAAACCCAUGCAGGGCUGUUGUGCUGUGGGAAAUCAGAUGUGUUCACUGCCAUAAGUCUUCAGUGCGGCCAAACUUAAAAACCAGCCCUC